AAAACUCGGCAAAGUAUCGUGACACCUAAGCUAACUCGAAUAAUAUUAUAUUCUGUACAUUACUCCCCAAAUGAACCGAUGUCAUGGACGUUGCCUCAAUAUUUUAAUAAUUUAAAGUUGACCGUUUUGUCGCUUCGUUGCCUGGUGACGGCUCGAGCUGUUGCCAUGGCAAAACCUGACAAGGGAAGCGGCACGCGCCAUCUAACUGAACGUUCUAGAAUUCCGAAAGGAUGUCUGCACUUCCUGCAAAGCCUGGCCUGCACCACAGUGUGUCAGAGUGGUGCAGCAACAACCAGCAGCUGUCCGCCACAGCCCAGCAUGAGCGGGACGUUUCUAAUGUGAUCCGGCAGGAAGGGAGGUCACUACGCAACGAGACCAACUGUAAGACAACCUGGGAUGAAAGCGAUACUUCUCGCCGGCUGAGUGACAGGGCCUGGGAUGUUGCCCGAUGGAAAGAUGUGUUAGAAGCCUGCGCACAGAAAGUGGAUGAAGAGAUGGAGGCCUUGACCCUGUCUAAAGAGCAAGUGGAGCAGGCCUUGGCUGCGACCGCCGUUCCUCUGGAGGUAACGAGUGAAUGCUUGACACUGAGGGACGGACGUCGAGGGCACGAGCUCGUCACCGACCCUGUAGACGAGCAGCUGAAGAAAGAGGCCGAGCUGAUCGAGAGAGUGCAGCGAGUUCUGCAGCAGCACAUAGAAAAGUCCUUUGAGCAGCUGUGUGUUUUGCAGGAGGCUCGGCACCAGCUGACUGCUGACCUCCAGAACAAGAUGGACGCCCUGGACAUUGAUAUGUCCUGCCUGUCACUUACAAUCAAGUCACCUCAAAUCUCACUGAAGCCUAACCCCACUCGCAUACCAUCAGGUUCUUCAACCCCUCAAGAGUGGGUCCAGUUCAGCCAGAUGAAUGUGGCUCGUGCCCAGGAGGCCAUGCAGGUGUCGCAGCAGAUGAGGGAGGACAUGAGUCUCACCAGAGCCCAGCUGCAGAAUGAGUUGGACAAUCAGCGCCGGGCCACAGAGUUUGCUCUCCGUAAGCGUAAUCACCACGAAGAGCAGGCCUGUGAUGAGCUCAAGUGGCAAAUAAAAAAUACUGAAGAUGAAAUGGCAGAAAUGGAGAGCGACAUCCACGGGCUGGAUGCAGAUCUGCAGGCGAAGACGGCCUCCCUUAAACUGGCUCACACCCGACUGGAGAACAGGACCAACAGACCUGGCAUGGACCUCUGCAGAGAUGAGGUGCAGCACGGCCUUGUGAACGAGGUCCGCCAGCUUGAGGCCACAAUCAUGGGUCUGAAACAUAAACUCUCCGAGACUCAAAACUCUCUGCAGAAGAUGAAGCUCCAUCAUGGUCGCAUGCUGCAGGAUCUUUCCAGAAAACAGGAAGCUCUGUCUCUGGAGCAGCGAAGCAUGAACACGCGUACUCGCCUCUCGUCCACCUCUAUCUCUGAUAAAAACCCGGUGCUGCUGGUUCCUCUUACAAACUCCAGUGGGAGGAGCAACCUGCAGCUGCUGGCCCAGUAAGACAAGGGUAACCAGUUCUUAAAAAGAAGGGGUGUAUCUCAAACUAAAUAUAUAUAAUUUAAUCAUCAUUUUAAUUAAUCAUUUUGAACCAUUCAGUCAGCAACAAGCUCUUAUGCUCUUGAGAUGCAUUCACUUCUGAAACCUCAAACAUCCCCAUUAGUUGUGAAGAAAAAACUUUUCCUGUUUUUUAUUUAUUUCAACAAGGAUGAUCUCUUCUUUAAAAAACACUUUCUUUACCUGUCUUCAGGUGUGGUGGAUGGAUUGCCUUUAAGUGCUGUGUGAGAUGAUCAUUUCUGUACUCUAUCGUCUUGAUAAGUUUAACAAAAAUAACAUCAAGAUUAUGUUUUAAAAUACUGAUUAUCCACUUGUUUCCUCCUAACUUUAUCAGAACUGAAGUCAUGAAGGCAUUUCUGG